AUGGUAGAUUAUCUAGAUGUUCAAGAUGAAUGUACAAGUUCAAUGGAAGUUUGUUAUAUGCAAUUGGAAGCUAGUUGGUUAAUAAAACAAGAGGUACCCAUUGUUUGUAAACGUGUAAAGAGAAUAUUAGAAAGAUGUGUACAGUUAUUGAAACCGGAUAGAGUAAAGCCAGAGAGUGGAGAAUAUGAUAUUAGUAGUAUUUAUUUUAAUGUAAAAAACAGCGAGCAACAACAGCAACAACCAGGACAAACACAAUCAACAACAACAACAUCAACUAAUCAAUCGCAAUCUCAAUCACAUCAACAACACGAUCGUCGUGGAAGUGUUGAUAUACUAAAAGAUAUAAACAAUCCAUUUCCUGUUAAUAUAGAAGAGUUAGAUGAUAUAUUUCAAGAUAAAGCAAUAGAGAAUAAAUCAAUUAAUUUUGAAACACAGGAAGGAUCGAGAGGUACUUUGAAUAUCAAUGGUUGGCUCGUUGAGUCACCGGAGCUUUUGAUUAAAUUCAGUAAACCGUCGAAACCAAACUACAAUGUUCAUGUCUAUAAGACAUUGAUCAACAAGACACAUCCAUGGAGAAUCCAACAGAUACAAAACAGCUAUAAUUACCUACACCUCAUUCUCACUGAAUUGGACAAUCUAAUAGUUUUCUCAGAGUCAUAUGUACCACUAGAUAGUGUAUAUCAUCUGAAUAGUCAACAACAACAUCAUCAACAGCAACAUCAUAAUCCACUUUCAUCAUCAGGUCAAAUCAAUAACAAUAACAAUAACACAUCUACAACAAAUUCAUUGGGUCAAAGUAGUGGUUGGAUUCCAUCGGCUAACAACAGUCACCGACAUUCUUACCAUGGUGGUGGUGGUGGCGGUGGUCUUGGCCAAACACAAUCCAAUCAAUCAUCGAUUGGCGGUGGUAGUUUCCCAGAGUUGAAUUCACUGGUGGAGUCAUUCACUCGUAUCUCAGAGUGGCUGUCACAGGCACGCGACGAACUUCUCCUUCCAAGUCGCAAUGUAUUCCCCUCGACAAUGUACCAAUCGACAGUGUUACAACCACCCCUUCCCUUUGAGAUAAACGUUAAUCUGACAGUGGCAAACUGUGAGUUGGUUCUAAGUGUCUAUGAGCUGCAGAUCACUUCGACUUCAGGUGGAUCGGCGACAUCCACUGGUAGCAGUGGUAUUGGCGGUAUUGGCAUUGGUAUUGGUGGUGGAAGUGUUGGCCACUCACAAGGUGCACACCAAACACACGAUAACAACAACAAUAACAACAACAGUCCAUCUAAACAUCUACUGAGACGAUCGAAAGCACAGAAUAUCACAUCGACAGGAUCAUCAUCCUCCAACUUGGCAACAUCGACCGGUCCCAUUUUAAGAUCAUCUUCGCCAGGUGUCCAACAACAAGACAACGCAGGAUCAAGCACCUCAUUACUCAUGUCAUCGUCUGACAGCAUCAUCAGACCUACCUCGGGAUCAGAGUCAUCCGAGACUACAAAUGCACACGGUAUUCCACCUUUCCAAACAACAAAAGGUGGCAGUUUACAAUUGGUUACAGUUAUAGAUCAUACAGAAUUUAGACAACCUAUUCCGACAUUGGUUAAUACAUUUACAUUGUUAACGAAUGCAUAUGAUAGAUUAGCUGAUUUAAAUGAAAAGCUUUUAGUUCUAUCCAAUUUUAAUUGA